GCGGGCUUUUUCAGACUGGUUUUGGUUUCGCAUGCGUCUGUGUGUGUGCUUGUGUUGGGACGCACACAAAAAACGGCUUCUUCAGAGGAGCCGCUCUUCUCGCUCGAGCUGAGCGGCUCUCUCGGCAUUCCGCUCUCACUCGAGUCGUGUGCCGUGUGCGUGGCGCGUGGGUUCGAGUAACGGUCCAUGGAUUAAGUGGAGAAGCGUGACAGCCUACGUUCGGCCUGAAAAGAAAGAAAGUGAUUGAUUGACCGACCGACCGACCGACCGACCGACCGACCGACCGACCGACCGACCGACCGACCGACCGACCGACCGACCGACCGACCGACCGACCGACCGACCGACCGACCGACCGACCGACCGACCGACACGUUGUCGCGGUCACGACUUGGAGGAGGUCGCCGGGAUGUCGCAUCGCUCUUCGUCGUCUCGGAAUGGCGACUCCUUCGGCUCGCUGGGUCGCCCUUCGCCGGACAGCCAGAGCGGCGCGGUCAUCUCGCUGCUCAGCCACGCGCGCACCCUGCGCGUGCCGUACGGCGAGCAGAAGCGCAUGCUGGCCCAGGCCCUGCUCGCCGACCGGCACUUCGCCGGGAGCGGGGAGCUCCUGCAGACCAUGGAGAAAGGAGUGAUGUACCCGGUGAUCCAUCUGUACGAGUUGCCGGGACCGUUUGUGCCCAUGGAGGAUCGGCUGCUUGGACAGGACCGGCUGGGACCCGAUUACGCGCUGCAUCAGGGCAUCUACGAGGAGAUCCGGCAGCACCUCCCGUACGGUCGCAGCGCGUACGCCAGCCCCGACGAUCGUCGCACGGCGUACAUCGUGGCCGGCUUCAAGGUUCUCGAUGAGACGUUCCGUGACGUCAUGGAGAACAGCUGGAAGGACUGGACGGGCGCCCGCGCCAUCUACAUCAACCUGGCGCACGAAUUCGGCCUCCACCGGUUCUCGCUCUACCGCAGGUCCCAACCGAUCACCGACUUCAGCACCUUCUCGUACGUGCUGCUAAUCGAGUGCCGCACUGUGACGCCGGACAACGCCCUCCGGCUGCUGGACUUCGUGCAGCGGUUCCGGUCUAACCGCAUGUCCGGCUACCUGUCCGUCUACAACGCCCGCCACCUCGGGCUGGAGAGCUACGCCCGCGGGGGGGAGCUGCUGCUGCUCAGUCCGGUGUUGCACGGCCAGUCCGAUUGGUGGAAGCAGGUACAAGACGCUGUCACCACGAGCAGCACCGGGAGCACCUCGGACCUGUCGAGCACCUCGGAGUCGACCAGCUCGGACGACAACCCGAGACCGCGCACCGCCGCCCCGACGCGCUGCCCCGCGGGACCGGCGAGCGCCUCGUCCCAGCGGUCGAUGCAACCGCUGACAGCCGUCGAGGUCGUUCCCCAAGACGCGUCCAAGUACUACGUCGACAAGGUCAACGUGAUCACGCUGCCGGCCGGCAACCACCACCAGCACAGAGGCAAGUGUUCCACCAUGACUCCCAUCUACGAGAACCUCGUGGGCUCCAGCCGUCGCCGCGACGAAGAGACGCAUUCCCACAGCUCUCGCUCGCACCGCUCGGGCCAGGGCUCCACGAACGGUUCGUCCACGAACGGGCUGGGGGAGACGGACCUGUCGUACUCGAUCGAAGAAGAGUCCUCCUCGUCGACCAACGCCGGUAGCGGCUCGGACGAGGUGGACAACUACUCUUCCGACCAGCGGCCGAGGUCGUCGAGGUCGUCGACGAUGCGCCGGGUCUGGUUCGAAGACUGCGCCCUGGACGACGUCAUUGCGCAAGCCGCCCACAGGGAGCCUCCUGAAGUGCAGCCGGUACAGCAGGACGACGGAGGAGAGCGUUCGCUGGCCAAGGAGUACCUGGCUUUGGACGAGAUGCUGCGCAACCUGCAGUGUGCCGACGACGUGGCCCCGCCUAAACCCAAGAGCACGGUCAGGCGGAAACUUUGGUAGAAUGGGGGAGGAGGUUAAUUCAUUCGGGGCGGAUGAUGUCGCUGUGGCCAGCGCUGGCUGUGGGAUAAUCGCGUGCACUUCAUGAUACCCCCCUCGUGGGAGGUGAUGGUGGUCUCAUGACUUUUCCCAACAGUUCCUUCUACGAAGUUGUCUCGAUCACUCCGUCGUCGCAGUGUGCAAGUUUGCAGGUGAUCGUGUACGUCGCAAAAGAUGGUGGCCUUUAUCGAUCAACGGGCUUUUCGACGAAAAGGUUUUGCACUUGCUAGAACGCCGCAAGUUGCUGUGCAGCAUUCGGCUACAACGUUCAGCAUGGUAUGAGUAAGUGCGCGCUGUUUAACAGGCCAUCCAUAAGAUGUCAGCACGAACUAGCACAUUUUCUCUCUCGCCCAUUAUUUAGAAAGGUAAACUUAAAUUAAGGCUCAUUCGGCUUUGCGCUUGGAGUUUGCAACCACGUAAGCAUCUUCAAGGACAAUGUGUACCUGUGAGCGUGUGUGCUAAAUUGUACGACAGUGUUGUGUAACCACGAGACAUUCGAGACAGCACGACACCUACAAUCAAGUAGGGUACCCUGCAUACUGCUUCACGACGUGAACUCGACGCGACCGGGUCCAGUCAGAAGUCGAACUGACCUAUCCCGACCCGACCGCGUUUACAUAUGCAUUCUGCCGCACGUGCAUUUUUCCAAGCGAGUUAGGUGAGUCAACCCACCGCUAUCACGAAGGCUGGUUGAACUCGUCUCGACGAUAGCUUGGAGCGACCCGCUAGCGUUUACGCGAACCGGACCACCGUGUUUCGUCCCGAGAAGCCGGCUCGAUCCGACUCGAUCGCGUUCAUGUAAAUUUACGUAGUUUGCAUUUACACGUUCCGCGCUACUGUGCCAUCUAAUUAGCACACCGGUCGGAAAACUCUCUUGUAAUAAUCUCGCCUUCUUCUCUGACGAGUUUUCAAGCGCCAGGCAACACAUGCACGCACUCUACACAAUACGAAACUGUCGGACUGAGCCAAGCUUAUUGCACGCCUUUAGUUUACCUUUUUGCCGGCAGGUGGCGCGACAAAUGGUGACCAAAUUUUAGCGAUGACAGCAUGGGUAGUGCAUUGCUUACUGACGCCUGCGAGCUCGAUUCUAAGCAAAUAUUAGCAGCACGAUAAGACAUGCGUCCAUUGCAGAAAAACUGCGGAGACGACUCAGUACGUUGUACUGGAAUGCGCUGAUAUCCAUCCAACCAGUACCGUAGUUAUGUCCACCUUCCACAAGCGCUCAGGUUCAGGUUCAACUCUCACAAGGAGUGAUAACUAGUCAGUGGUGGAGAUCCGCAAGAUACCAUUGGAAUAUUGGCGGAAACUAAGGCAAGAGUUGGGGACCAGAUCUUCGCAGACAUACUUAGGAAAUCUUAUUAGACAAAGCAGAGAUACAAUGCUAGCUAGGUUACGAUGUGAUGGCAUGUAAGUGGCUCACACGUACAGGCUUGGUGAUUGUUUGUCACGAGCUCGAUUCAAAGGGCAUGCCAUUAAAGAUCAUCAUCAUCAUCAUCAUCAUCAUCAUCAUCAUCAUUCGUAUUCCAUAAGAGUACUAGUUUUUAUUCAUUUGGAAUCUAGAUUUAAAGCGAGACGAUACUGUUAUCUCUGCACACCCCUCGAUUCUGCCAGCACUUUAGGCAUUGUUUCUGUUCUCUCGAAUGAAACAAGUUAGAAGGAGAGGGCAUGGGUGGUGUAAAAAGCUCGACUUCUAUGACUUAUCUCCGGCUCCCGGAAUCACUGCCGCCGCAUGCAACCAGCAAAACCAUCCAGAGGGCGCCACCACUGGGUCGUAGAUCAGUAAGGUGCGAUUGGAGGUUUGGUGGCAGAAAGUAUGGAAACCACAAGCAACGAAAGCGUACAAAAACAAAGUUCCCAAUAAUUGUUCGGAUAGUUUAAUACGGGGAAAUCUUCGUCUGUUAAAAAAAAGAUAAGAUAGGUAAGGCAUUAGGCAAAAUAAGAAAAAGAGCUUGGUGGCGCAACCCACCGGCCCGCUUCAGGGUGCUCAUAGUAUCCACUCACCAUCCAUCCACCUAUCCAUCCACCCAGUUAGAUAGUUCGGAGGCAUAAUCUGUAUGGUAACAUAAAGGGCAGUGCCUUGCUAUUUGAUGCCAGAGACGGUUGCCUGAGGACAAAAACAUAUGUGCCACAGGAUGAGGCAUGUGUGUGCUACAAAGGAAGCCAAGAAAAGACUCGGCACAUAGUGAUGGAUUUCAAGAUAUCCACCCAGUUUCCACCUUCCAGAAGCAUCGAGAUUCGAAUGAAAUAGAAGGAUUAACUGGUCAGCAGUCGAGAUAGGUAGGGGAUGUUUAGAGUGGGGAUGAAAAAAAAAGCAGAGAGGAUGUUACAGAACCGGAGUCAUUGGAACUGUACCUUAGGGAACUUGAAAAGGAAAAAUUGUCAUCCAGCCGAAUAUAGCACGAAGCUACAAAGGAAACCCAUACGGGUUUCUCGGUAAGAACGCUUCGCAUUCGAGGAACAAUCUAAAAUUUUAAAAAUAAGUUUUAGAUACGAUUGUUGAGAUCGAGAUCACAUAGACUAAAGGCUGGAUGUUGAUAGAUGCAGUAAAACCUGAAUAACUCAAGCAGGCUAAGGGACCAUUUUUCUUCGGCCCGUUUCAAAGAGGAUGCCAAUCAUCAUCAUCAUCAUCAUCAUCAUCAUCAUCGAAUUUGGGCACCACCUAUUAAUGAAAAUCUGUUCGUGUUUUUUUUUCGUUUUGUAUUAUUUCAUUGAUAUGAUUGAUUGACUGAUGUCUAAUCGCAGAAACUGCAUAACCUGCUGUUCUGCGGGUGCUCGUUUUCAUUUCUUUCUGUCGACAAUUUAAGCAUGUCUUCGAAAUAUACCUUAGUGUUGGAGCAUUUUUUGUAAUCACCUGAUGCCCUUUUUCCAUCACCGAAUGACUUAUUGGUUGUGAAGAAGAUAUUGACACAAUAGUUGCCAACGUUUACUUUUCGUCCAAAUAACUCACUCACUCACUCACUCACUCACUCACUCACUCACUCACUCACUCACUCACUCACUCACUCACUCACUCACUCACUCACUCACUCACUCACUCACUCACUCACUCACUCACUCACAAUAGCCUGAAAGAAAGAAGCAGCUGUAAAAACAAUGCAUUUUCAAAAAGAACAAUACUUGUUCUUUUGAAUCUCUUCUUAUUGAAGCAGGCAUGACAAUGCAGUGUCUUAUUGGUCAUUUCAUGCUAGAGCAUAUAUAACGCAUCUCAUACGUAUUUAAAAUGAAGAAAAAAGUUCAAAGAAGAAAAGACCAUUAGCUAAAGUUUCGGUGAGCAUUGUGAGUCAUCAGAUGGUCAAAUUAGUCCAGGCUCCUCUGAUACGGCGUCAGUCACGACCAAAAUGCGCCAUUGUGAAGUAAUAUCUCCACAAAUAAUCGCUCGAUGUGCUUAAUCAGCCAGUCGUACCGUUCAGUUCUGCAAUGUUGAACGGCCGCGUUGUUUAAGGUAAUCCUUUAUUCAUCUACAUUCGUAAUUUUGCUUUUCAGGCUUGUGCGAAGGCUUGACCGUAUCUAGCCCUACCCUUGUAUACCGAUAAGCUUUGAGUCAUUAACAGCAACCAAAGAUUACCGUCGUUAAUAGCCGGUGUGAAAGCGCAUUAGCUGAGCCUUUUCAUUGCUUUCUUUUUUCGAGAUAUACUCAUGGUGACGCGUGUGAUCAUAACGCAGUUCGGGGCGUAAAAAUUAUUGCGACCCUUAAAAGGACACCGAAGAAAGAAAUAUGUUCAGUUACAUGUAUCAGUCAGUUUGCCCUUCUGUAAUACCAAAACGCCACUCUUACAGCGAGUAUAAAAACUCUGUGAGCCAGGAAAGGCAAAAAAAAAAAAGACAAGAGACAGGUGGCGACGCCGCCUUGAAGUUCCCGCACUAUAUCUCGCCAUGACGUCAUUAAUUCUUGAUGGCGUCUGCUCAGGCCUGGGCAAUUUUUUAUUGGUAGAGAAAAAAGGACUACGCUGUAUUGCAGAAGAGCGCGAAAACAGAACUUUCCAAGUUCGGAAAAAAAAAACUUUGCUGAGCCACAACCGCUCAAAUGCGAAAACAGAUUGAAAUUCGUGACGUCACCCAGCUGUUCGCUGUGGGUUCGGCACAAAAUUCAAGAAACGGAAGUCCAGACAUCGAUUUCUCGUUUUAGUAAUCAUGUGUCUUACCGUAAAGUUAUGGAAAAUUUUUGCUAAAUAUUACUCAUCACUCUAAAUUGAUUCCGUGUUCCUCAUUAGCGUCCCUUUAGGAGAUGCCCAAGGAAAAAAAUAUCGAUAUACGUUACGUUAAUACAUUACUCCUAAAAGAACUGGCCAGAUGGCCAUCGCAGGGUGGUUGUAAUAGUUAGGAGAUAGCUUCCCAGUAGAUCUGCAUGAAUAUGCUGCUGGAAACACUUAUUGGUCUGGAUUCUGCGGCAUUGCACUGCCUCUACGGUUAGCCCGCGUCACUAGCGCGAGUAUUUAGUAAGGUCAAAAGUUGCCCUAGUUGGUUCUCAAAGUAUAACAGCGCUACUUUCUGAGGAGGACCAGACACAAGAAAAUGCACGAACAAGCGCUAACUUUCAACUCGUCAUCUUCAUUUAAUACGUACCUCCCGUGCAUUCAUAUAUUUCCUUCGCAUUAAACAUUGUCGGCAGUUAAAAGCCAGUGUUGAUCCUCGUCUGUUCGGUUUUGUCCUCGUCAAAAAGUCGCGCUGUUAUACUUUUGAACUAUGCGAAGACACGCACCGUGCGCUGUAUACCAGGAUCCGCCCGCCAUAUUGUCAGUUCUGAUUGGCCCACGUGGCGGUACGGUCUCUGUGAUUGGCUCAAAUACGGUCAAACAAUAUGGCGGAAUUCUACAACAUGGCAAAAUAUAGCACUCGGGGAUCGGCCCAGUUUACUCAGCCAUGCAGCCGUCCUUGCGAAAUAUAAUUUGGGAACAGACAAAGGAAGCUUGCCCAUAAUAACCGUAGGGCUUCCUACUACAAUUACUGCAGGGAACUCUGCAAUAGUUCAGCUACAAUGGGAAUGAUGGUUAGUGCAAGAAUUCGUCUGCUAUCUCCGUGCUUUUGGCUUCAGGCGUUGUUGUGGCUUUCUUUACAACAUACCAGGAUCCGCCCGCCAUAUUGUCCAUUCUGAUUGGCUCACGUGGCGGUACGGUCUCUGUGAUUGGCUCAAAUACGGUCAAACAACAUGGCGGAAUUCGACAACAUGGCGAAAUAUAGAACUCGGGGAUCGGCCCAGUUUACUCAGCCAUGCAGCCGUCCUUGCGAAAUAUAAUUUCGAAACAGACAAAGGAAGCUUGGCCGUAAUAACCGUAGGGCUUCCUACUACAAUUACUGCAGGGAACUCUGCAAUAGUUCAGCUACAAUGGGAAGGAUGGCUAGUGCAAGAAUUCGUCUGCUAUCUCCGUGCUUUUGGCUUCAGGCGUUCUUGUGGCUUUGUUAACAACGCUUUAUCUGCCUUUAUAUGACCUCUAUAAACUUCGAAGCAACCUUGUUUUGCUCUCCGCAUAAGGCAACAAGAUAAGGCCCUGCUUACAACGCGUGAUCAUUGCGAUUUUAUGCACUUAUAAAGUGAUAUCUUAUAAAGCGAAAAAAAAAAGAUGAAUUUGCAAGUCAAAGAGCCAUUGCCGUCAGAAGUACGAACUUUACAGACAAAUCCUUGUGCUAAUCGUCUUUCGCAUGCAGGUUGAACGGCCAUGUUCGCAGCUACCGUAGACACUAUAGUGUUCCCACUAGUAAAUUGUUGUAGGAAACAAAUUGGUAGUAAUUAACACAUAUUGGCCUCUCUUGCCAAGAAUAAUUAAUUGGUGUGAUAGAAACCGUGGUAUACCGAAGAGGGGCAAUGGCGCUCUACUGCUUGAGCACGAGGUCGCCGGCUCGAUUGCCGACCACGGAGACUGCGUUUCGAUGGGGACGAAAUGAAAAAAAAAAGAAUAACGCUCGUUUCCUUAGAUUCAGGUGCACGUUAAAGAACCCCAGAGAGUUAGCACUAAUCCGGAACCUAUUGCGCCGUCUCUCACAACCCCAGUGUUGCUUUGAAAGGUUAAAAAAAAUCAAUCACUCAAUCAAUAAGGCAGUGAGAUGAAAUUAAGAAUUUCAGUCGUCAAUACUCCGAGCCGCGCUGUGCCUAUAAUCAUUAUCGCUAGAGAUCGGACGUAUAUGUAGCACUAAAAUUGUGUUUUAGGCGCAUUUAACAGGCGCUAAAGCUGUCCUUUAAGGAAUAUAUAGGCGCCAGGAACAGUCCUUGAGGCUCAAUUAACGAGGACAUCUGCUGUUGAUCCGGAGAUAAAUUAUAAAAUACGACGGGAAAAGGCAUUUUUAGGACCCGAAAGUUAUGAUAUAGGCACCAACAUCGACAUAGGAAUUUAUAGGUACCGAUAAAGCUGUGCCACUAAAAUGUUUCUACACCCAUUGUUCGUGCUUAUGUGUUAAACGGGCACGAUAAGGACGUAAGGGAAAUAUAGGCAUCUUGCCUAUAAAGUUACGGUCUCCCGUUAUCACUUUUGGAUCGACCGGAUGUGAGAGGUAUACUGGGCUGUAAGAAAAAGCACGAAAUCGAUCGAGUGAAUGGAACACUUGCACUACGCCUGCCUAGAAGUUUUCCAAGUAUGCGUACUCGGCCAGUACUUAUUUUCCGUCACUCUUUAGCGCCCCGUUAAAGUGGGUGUUGCAUGUCGCGAGCUUCGCACCGAAAAAAAAAAGAAAACGCUCAGCUAAUCGUCUUUUUAUGCGAUGUUUUUCGUGGUGUGUAUAAAUGUGGGCGUGAGUCUUGAAACAUCAGUGUUCUCAGGAAUUGUUUCAUCGCAUUCGUUUUUCUUGACUUCCUUGUUUGGUAGAUGUAGGCAGCACGUUUCAUUGCAGCGUUCUUUCUUUCUUUCUUUCUUUCUUUCUUUCUUUCUUUCUUUCUUUCUUUCUUUCUUUCUUUCUUUCUUUCUUUCUUUCUUUCUUUCUUUCUUUCUUAGUUACCCGCCGUGGUUGCUCAGUGGCUAUGGUGUUGGGCUGCUGAGCACGAGGUCGCGGGAUCGAAUCCCGACCACGGCGGCCGCAUUUCCAUGGGGGCGAAAUGCGAAAACACCCGUGUACUUAGAUUUAGGUGCACGUUAAAGAACCCCAGGUAGUCGAAAUUUC